AUGAUUAUCUCUAUUCUCAUCGCCCCUCGUACAUCUCUUACAGAGCUGAACCAAUAUAAACUCAGAGUUAGGCUGAAAGAACAGGGAUCCGGUAUUAAAGAACUGACUUUAAAAACAUUCAAUGCAACGGACUUGAAUGUUACGGAUAUACCCAUCCCAGUGCAAGGGCUGUUACCUGCCCUCCGUUUGAAGCGCAUGUAUGAAGACGGUGUCCUCUACGACCACCACGACUUACCCUUCACUCCGGACGCUACCGGCAAGGUGUUUAACGCCUCCACGCCGACCUUUGACAAUCGACUGUUUGCCGAAAGUGUUCAGAAGUUACGACCUGGCGCACAACCGGUCGUGUUCAGCUAUUUAAUCGACGAGAACCAACGAGUGCACAUGUUACUGUACGGUCGAACGAUCCUUGUUUCAGCGGACGAUAACCAGGUGACACCCCUGGUGAGUCUGCACACAAUGCCGAGCGAAGACGCCCAUGCGCCGCUGAAAGCCUCGCUCAGCACCAUGAGUAAUGCAGAGAUGAGUUCAAUCAGAGCCAACGCCAUCGUCAACCCAUCUAGUGCCAAUGGAGAGACAUCCAAAGCAACAAGCGCCGAUUCUGCGGUGCAUAGCUCUCAUAAACCUCCGCCGUCGCGACCGCACAACGUUUUGUUCGGCUUGAUCUUUGUGGAGACCUUUCUGGUCUUGCUACUCUUCAGUCUUUAUUGGGAUGCAUGGUCAACCAUCAAUACGCAACAGGCACGACUGGCUGCCUAUGGGGCCGGGGGUGAAGCGGUCUGCAAGUACUUAUAUAGUGAUACCUCCGGGGGUUAGCCGGCUGUGCCGUUCCAAUAUACCAGAAUAAUAAUAAACCAGUAUAAUAAUAAACCAGUAUAAUACAGUCACACACUGGAGCAGCGGCA